UGCCCUCUACCUAAGCAUUGGAAUAUGUAGGAAAUAUCCGUGGAGAGAUGGGCUGAAACUCCUUUCGGUUCAUCCUAAAAGAUUUCUCAAGCGGCCUAUAGGAUUUCCGAAAGAACAUAAAUAUCAUACAGGGGAAUGAGCAGGCUGAGGUGGGGAGAUGCCUUACGUGGAUCGGCAGAACCGGAUCUGUGGCUUCCUGGACAUUGAGGAGAAUGAGAACAGUGGCAAGUUCCUCCGACGCUACUUCAUCCUGGACACCAAGGAGGGUAGCCUGGUGUGGUACAUGGACAACCCACAGAACCUGCCCAAAGGAGCUGAAAAUGUUGGCUCCCUCAAACUCACCUACAUCUCCAAGGUGAGUGAUGCCACAAAGCUGCGACCAAAGGCGGAGUUCUGCUUCGUCAUCAAUGCUGGUAUGAGGAAGUUCUACCUCCAGGCCAAUGAUCAGCAGGAUCUGGUAGAGUGGGUCAACGUGCUCAACAACGCCACCAAGAUCACAGUGCCAAAGUCGGGGGAUGGCCAGCCCAGUGCAGAGAUGACCCAGGAGGGGCUGGGUGCCACAAAGCAAAUCUCCUAUAAGACAGAGAUCAUAGGUGGAGUCCCCAUCAUCACUGCCACACAGGAGCAGGGCGACGGGGGGCAGAACGGAGCAGAGCGGGGGAGCCAGCGGAAGGCCCACAGCCAGCUGCCCUACUUCCUGGGGCGAGGGGCGCAGGACCAGGCGCUCAUCAAGGCUGGAUACUGUGUGAAGCAGGGAGCCGUGAUGAAGAACUGGAAGAGGAGAUACUUCUUACUGGAGGAGAACGCGGUCAGCUACUUUAAGUCAGACCUGGAGAGGGAACCUCUGCGUGUGAUCCCGCUGAAAGAGGUUCAUAAAGUUCAGGAGUGCAAACAGAGUGACUUAAUGCAGAGGGACAAUCUAUUUGAAGUCGUCACAAGCUCAAGGACCUUCUACAUGCAGUCGGACAGUCCAGAGGAGAUGCACAGCUGGAUCAAGGCCAUCUCAGGAGCCAUUGUGGCCCAGCGGGGGCCCGGACGCUCAGCUGCCUCUGAGCACAGCGACCACUCUACCACCAGCAUCCCUUCCAGCUUCUACUGCAGCAGCAACCACGGGGGACCCCCCGCCCCUCGCUCGCCCGUCCAGGCAGAGCCACCCUACCCCCAGCCCCAGGGGGGCCCGGGCCCUUACCUGGGACAGCCAGGACUUCAUGGGCCUGCUGCCCUGGCGAGGCCACCCGGAGGCACCACCACCACCCCGCUCCCGCCUCUCCCUCCAGGAGACCCCCCGCCUGUCCAAGUGAGCGCCUCGUCCCUGUACCACACCAACGCCGACCGGGAGGACCGGUCGCCAUGGAGACGGCGCAGCGAAGUAGAGGGCGACCAACUGGAAAUCUCCACCCUCAGCUUCGAGGACUCAGAUCUGCAUGUCAGCCAGGUGUGAGCCUCUAGUCUAACCCCUGACCUUUGACCCCUAACCCCUGCCUCACAGGACACCGCAAGCUCUCACCCAUAACCCCACUCCCCCAUUCCCUCCACCACCUGUCCUUCACUCCCCAUGCACAGAACCUGCUCAUUGGAUGUGGAUGCAGGUGGAUUCACACUGACACAAAGGGGACUGGGCAGUUAUCACCAAUGACAAACGGAAAGCCAAUCAAAAGUGACCAAAAAAUGGAGCUGAACCAAUCAGAGCCGACCUGGCCCUCAGGAAGACAGGAAGUGGUCCCUGGUUGUGAUUGGUGAUCGUCUACUCUACCCCUGUAUCGAGAGCUUCUCUUAACAUAGCCAAUGGCGUGAUGUGUCAGGGCAAGGAGACCUUGUCAGGUGUUUGGUUUUAGUUCAGUCUCUUUCGUUGUUGAUAUUUCUGUUGGGUGUUGCUCUUUCUCUCUUGGUGUUGGCAUUGUGUGGUUUGAUUCAAUAACAUCAUCCCUUGUCCAUUGGCUAAAGAGGUUACUGAUUUAGCUUACUCUGCUGAGAAACUCACUGCUCACAUUUCUCCACCUUCUCCACCUUCUCCUCCUUCUCCCUGACGUCACGUGAUUUACUGUUAUCAGGGUUGUUGGGCCUAAUUUAAAGAGGUGUUAGAUGUUAUUUUUAUUGAUAAAAAGUUGUAACUGUCGACAAUGAGACAACCCCACUCGUAUACACAAUGGUUUAGAUUUGUAUGUACUUUUAAGAUGUUAGAUAUAUUUUCUUUUAAGCUGACCAUUUCGUUUUUAUCCAAAGCAUGCCGUUGUGGAAGCACCAAAAGAAAUAUGAAACCAAAAUCUUAAAAAUAACCUGUUGAAAUUCCGUGCACCAUUCUUGCUUUCAGGUGUUUUUUGGAGUGAGUGGGUCUUGUGUAUAUUUCUGUUUUUAGUACUCCUUUAGAAAUGCUUUGAGUCCUUAUGCUCUAAUGAAAGUUACACCUGUUGUGUUCGUUCAGACUCUCUCUUUCUCUCUCAAUCAGUCACACACACACACACACUGUCACACCUAGGUGUUUUGCCAAAUUUAAGUCCUGCACUGUAAUGUUAUGUGCCUGUCAACGUUAGCAUGCAUUUGUAUAGUGACUUCUCCCUCAGGAGGACAGAUAUGCACAGUACAGUACAAUACAUCUAUAGGCCUGUGGGUAUGGCCUUUUAACUGGCACUUUGUGGAUACAAUGUGGGCAGAUAAUCUGCCCGCUGCACUUGAUCUGUUUUAUGGGUGUUCCUUUGACGUCCUCUUCUCUACUGUUUGAGUACUGUACUACUUUUCUCAAUGCUGUGACGGUUUGUUUGCGUGUCUGUGGGGGAGACAUAGGGUACCUGCGUUGCCAAUAUGGUGGAAGACGGGAGGAGGGUUUGACCUUUGGCCUCAGCUGUGUGCUCUUCCUGUUUUUACUGUGUUGCACAACUCUUACUGUAAUAGCUGCUGAAGUGCCUGCGUUCUUUCUAUAGAGGAAAAAAAACAAGAAGCUAUUUUGACCCUUUUAAUUGUGUACCUGAUGUUCUUAAAUCGUGUGCAUUAUUUAUUAAGUGGAGUUUGAAAAUAAAUCAAUGGAUUCAAGUU